CUCAAACCUUCCGUCAAAGAAAACAACACCCUUUCACACCCAACAUCUCCUGCAGCCAACUUCAUUUCAGCCCUGCGCGGCCUUCUAGAAUAUUCCCGCCACCAUUGUUCGCCGCCCGCCCCACCAUCCCGUCCACAACCCCGAUCUCCAACAUCAUCAACUCCGCGUCCUCCGCACUUUCUCCCACUUCUACUUCCUCGCCGCACUCCGCUCUUUCUCCUCUCCUCCUCUUCUUCUCUUCUACCAAACCCACAUCCAUCCGAACUCUUAUCCACAGCCCCGACCAUGUCGCGAUCGAUAGAGCUCAAGGAAGAAGGCAACCGCCACUUCCAGGCAGGCGACUUUGUCGGCGCCGAGUCGCUCUACUCCAAAGCAAUCAUCGUCGACCCGAAAAACCCUGCCCUCUACACCAACCGCGCCAUGGCCCGCCUCAAGCUCGCCUACUGGGACUCCGUCAUCACCGACUGCGAGGCUGUGCUCGAGCUGCCCUCGGGCGCGACUAAUAUCAAGGCCCAUUAUUACCUCUCACAAGCACAACUUGCGCUGGGCUCGCCGGCCGCUGCCCUCCCGCACGCUCUUAAGGCGCACGAGCUCUGUGCCGCUGCGAACGAUAAGUCGCUGGCUGCUGUGACGGCCGUGGUGCUCCGAUGCAAGAAGGAGAAGUGGGAGCAGGAGGACCGGCUGCGUAUCCGUGAAGAGCAAGCCCUCGAACGAGAGAUGCUCGCCUUGUUACAAAAGGAGCUGGAUAGCGAUGUGGCGGCCGAAGAGGACGAGAUGGAAAAGUCGGCGCUGCGGGAGGAGGGCGCGGCCAAGAAGGCUCGCCUGGAGGCCAUGUUCGAGCGUGCGCGCUCAAAGGCUGAGCAGCGGCGAGAAGUGCCUGACUGGCUGAUUGACGAUAUCUCCUUUGGCGUCAUGGUCGACCCUGUUAUUACCAAGACGGGCAAAUCCUACGAACGAGCAUCCAUUACUGAACAUCUACGCCGGCACCCCUCUGAUCCGUUAACAAGAGAACCCCUGACUAUGGAGGAUUUACGGCCAAACAUGGCGCUGCGGAACGCAUGCGAAGAGUUUCUCGAAGAAAACGGCUGGGCUGUCGACUGGUAGAGCGGAACAACUUGUAUUUAUUCACUUUGCAUGGUUAGCGAUCUCACUAUUCCUGUACAUUACACCCUCACGUCCUGCGCGCAUCACUCGAUAGGCGUUUUUUCUUUUCUUUUUCACAUUCUUCAGCAAAUACGUUAGAGUGUAGGCGAUGCAUCAUAUACCAUUAACAUCAUAACAUAAUACUAUAAACGUAGACCUAUACAAGAAUACACAGUCGCUUAAACGUCAAGCAAUGCCCCGCGCGCGAAUAAAACAAGAAUAUACAACUCCAGUCUCUAUAAUGAAACCCAAGAAAGGAACCGCAGAAAAAGAGUCAAAAAAGUGUAAAUGCUUUUUUGGAAGGUCGUGAUUUAUAUCGGUCGGCCAUCAUGGUGCAUGUGAUGGCGGUGCGCGUGCAGAUCGUCUUCUCUACUACGGCUGCGACUCUGGCUCUGCUCGCCGCGCUCGCGGCUACCGCUGCCGCCUCGCUUCUUCUGCUCCUCUUCCUUGACAAGCCCCAGACGCUCCUCUUCAGUAUUGUCCGGGCUCUUGCGGAAGACGCGGUUAAAUGAGAACUGGCGCUUUGCGGGGAACGGGUUUGUCGGCAGGCCAGGGAAGGCUGUGGUGCCGCUGCCCGUGGUGGCGGUUGAGUCUGCGCGUGCGCCGCGGUACGAUGUAUCGCUGUCAAAGGUGAUGUGGUGCUGCUGUUGAUGCUCAUGGCGAGGGAAGUAGGUGCCCUGCUCGAGGUCCUCGUCGACGGCAGAGUGAGGGUGUGGCGGGAUGUCGUUCAAGGGAACAGCGCGGAUGCCGGGGCUGCGCAUCUUGCCGUCCUCGUCGCCGUACGACGGGGGCAUUGUGGCGUUUGUGCGAGCGCGGCCGCGGAUGCUGCCGACAAUCGAUGAGAGCAUAGUGCUAGGGCGGCUGACGGGGCGUGUCUGAUCGAGUUCUUCUUGUGUUGGGAAGUAGGACAUGCCGAGCGGAGGGUGCUCGCUGGGAGGGGGCGGCGUGAAAGUCGGCACGGGCACGGGGACUUCGCCGGGAGCAGUGACGGCGCGGCCGCGGCGGCUGGCGAGGGUCUUGCGGCGUCGUAGACCGUCCCAUUCGUAUUGAACAGGCUGGCCGUCUUCGCUGAUGGCGCCGAGGCCGUCCAUGGACUUUUCCUCGUGCAGGCGCUGCAGCUCGUUGGCUUCCAUGCGCAUGCGCACCUGUGAGAUGCGGCGGACAAUGGCGGCUGCCCCUCGGAUGGCAUCGGCCUUGGGCUCUGAUUCGGGCUGUUCUUGCUCGGCAAUCGUCUGGAUCUGGUCGAGGUCGCCGCGGAACACGGCGGUAUCGGGAACAUCCUUGGCGGACUUGGACAGUUGCAGCAGCACGACACCGGAGCAAAUGACAAGGAACCCGAGCACGACCGUUACUAUGUCCUGAGGGGUGCCCUUGAAGCCGCGGAAGAGGACGGAAGAGGUGAUGAUGGUGGUGCUGGUAAAGUAGACGUAGUAUGUGGGUGUGACCAUGGCGGCGUUGAAGAGGUUAAGCGCUUUCUGUAGAAGGGUUGGUUGUUAGCAAUGGAUGAGGAAGGGAUUCAAUUGUAGACUUGCAUUGAGGUAGAUGAUUUCGGUGAGAAGCGUGCCAAUGACAAAGACGAAGAGAAUCCAGAGAAAGGGUUCCUUGUACUGAGGCUGGCCGCCUAUCCAGGCAAUGAUGGAGGCACCAAGGCCCUGUGUGCAAACGACACUGAGGCCACCAAUCCAACUGCAGAUGGAGAUGUAGACAAGCAUGUUCUUGUUGCCGUAUUUGGGGGCGACAAACCAUGCGACAGCUAUCGAGCCGACAAUGAUGAUGCCUGCAUAAGUCAAGAAACCCGGCGAUAUCAUAAAGUGCUGCAUUUCCUGAAUGUUUGCGACGGACGACUCUUGCGGCGCAUGCAAGACGAUGACGACGGAGCCCACUAUGCACAGAAAACAAGCGACCUUGCCGACGAUACUGAGCCGCUCCUUGAGGAAAAUGGCAGACAGGACGGUGGUGAUAACGACCGACAGGGCUCCAAGCGGCGUGACGAGAAUGGCAUCCGUAAAGGCAUACGCGACAAAGUUGCAGAUCUCGCCGACAAUCAUGAGCGUCAUGCCCGCCCACCAGUAAAAGUUUUUGAGGUAGCCGUAGCCCUCGCCGGCAACUUCGUUAUACUUGUCGUUGGCUUUGAGCAGGCCGACCUUUUUCAGGACAAACGAGGUGCCAAUAAAGGCGCCCGAGCCGACAGCCAGGCCAAUACCCACGGCUUUGUAGAAGGCCGGGCGAUCGUUGCCCGUAGCCAGCCGGGCCGCAAUGUCCGAGGUAUGGUCCAUGUAGUCCAUUGUAUGUGUGACAAUCUAUAGAUUUCGGAGGAGGAGGAGGAAAAAAAAGACAGGCAAGGCCGCGUCGAGGCUGGCCCAGCUGUAGAAGCGGGAGGAGGAGGAGGGGAGACGAGGAGCUGGUACUAGAGACUGUGCUGCUGCAUCUGUUGGCGGGGGUUGUAUUCUCUUUGUGUAUUUCGGUGUCGAGUGCGAAAUUCGAAAAGAGUCGUGAAUGCUUAUGCGUCUUGUAAAAAGAGGAAGAGUGGCUGGGCUGGCGGUUCAAGAACAAUGAUGGUUGUGUCGUUUAAAGGAGCACGUCGGCUGCGUCCUAGC